AUGGGAUGCACUAUCUACGCAGCCAGCCCUAAGGCCCUGCCCGCCGACGAGGCCCCCGGCCAGGACAGAUACUACCAGCUGCCCCACUACCGCCUCCCUCAUGGUAACUGCAGUCAGAGGAUAGCAGCCAGCAGAGCCAGGUCAGUGAAAGCCACACAGGAAGUGCACUGAAGGGCUGGCACACCUGUCUGAACUGACAAGGUGAAUCCAGAUCAAUGUAAUUAACCUUUAGAGAAAGCCCUUAUUGACUAUGAACCAAUCACAGUGAAGGAGGUGAGGAGGUAGAUGUAUCUAAGAAGGAUGUUUGAACUGAGAUGUGAGCCAUGCAAAUAUCAAGCACUUAGAAAUGAACAUAUCCUGACAAUUUAAAAAUAUAAGACAAACUAUCAAAUAUUUGCAAUUUUUUGUCUUAUUCUAGAAGUUUUGAUUCCCAAUGACUAUUUUGCCUAAAAUUCUGAAGGAGAAAGACAAAAAAGGAAAGCAGUAACAACAUCUGAAGAGACUUCCACCAAAAUCAAAAAAACACAACAUGCAGAUAAGAAAGUGCAACCUACUUUAGGGUAAUCAUUAAACAUACGGCAGCAUGUGAAUUACCAAAGUCACUCCCAGCACAAGACAAAUUUGACGGGUUCUUUUCGUACCAUGCUAAACCCUUAUACCAAACUUUAUGGAAACUGGGCCAGAUUUCCUGUAAUCCUGCUAAAAAACAAGCGACACAAAACCAUGCCCACCAGGAGGGAGGAUACAGCCAUCAAAUGAAAGACAAAACUACAAAAAGAUUGAAUCACUAUAUUUUUUGCUACUGUCUGUUAAUUUCACAUUAUUCUGUCAUUAGGAUUUACCAUGAAGUCUCAGAGUUCAGUGGCAGCGUUGCAGUCUGCGGCUUUUAUUCACAUCAGAGUAGAGCAUCUUAAAACCACAUCACCAUGACGUUAAUUCUCUUUUGUAGUUUGUGCUGCUUUGAAGACACCCUUAAGUUCUUCGUCUUUGGCACCAUGUACUUAAACUUGUCUUUAGUAGUGUAGCCUUUGAUAACACUGACCAGUCAUUACACAGUGGUAGAAAAGUCCCCUAAUAUUUCAUUUUAAAUCCUAAAGUUUAUAAAUGAGCUUUUGUAAAUUUUACAUUGAAAAUUUUAUCUUAGUAAAAUGCUGAUGUAACAAAGGAUUAGCAUUAAUACUGCUUAUAAGGGGUUGACUGACAUGGAUUUUUCUAUGGCUAAUUGGGAUAAUUAAAAAGCAGUUCAGCCAACAGCCAAUAUAUUAUCCUAUUUUUUUGUUUGUUUGUCUUUAUGUGUUUUCACAUCAUAAAACUAUUCUAUAACACAAACACUCAUUAUUCCAGGCACAUCACAAUCUAAUAUGAUUACAUGAUUACCUCACAGGCUGAGGUAAUCAUAGCUUCAUGAUUACAUGACUAUGAUGGAAAGUUUGUUCAUUCAUGACUAAGAAAAGUUCACAGGAUCAUUGAUGGAUGCAUGUAUUUUUAAACAUGACUGAAAUUUAUAUAAAAAGCAGCACUUAACAAUUAUUUUAUAUAUUGUGUUAAUAAUAAGAUGCUAUCCAGUACUUGUAUUUGAUCUGACAUGCUGUCAUUAAAAGAAUAUUCCGGCAUAAAAUUAAAUUAGGGUCCAACACAACGUAACACUGAGUUAGACUCCCUGUCGAGAGAUGAAUGUUGUCAAACGCUUGCUUCUCUAGUUAUACCAACUUUAGUGGCGACCACAGAUAGCAAUACAGAGAGCCACGCUCUCAACCAAACCACGACUCUGUAGCCACACAUAAUGCUCAGAACAGCACCUAACUACUUCAACAGUACAUAUAGGGUCCCAGCCAUAGCACUAGCUACCAAACAUCUUUUUAGCGUUGCCAAAUUUGUUUAGCAAAGAGACUAAACACAACUCACCUCCUCUCUUCCAGCAGCCGCUUGUUUGUACCGAGACCUUCGGGCGAGUCCAUCUAAUGCAGCGGGGUGACGCAGGAAGAACAUUUAUGAUCAUUACUUUAUCUUUUCCUUGAAGUUAUAAUCACCAUAUUAAUCAUUUUGCACUGCAGACGUCAUAGUUCUUCUGCCUAAGCGGUUCGGUCUGAAUGCAUUUCCAUGAAGAAAUGAUCAUAAAUGUUCUUCCUUGAGCUGCGUCCCCCCUGCUACAGUCGUACAGACUGCUAUUGUGCAGUUGUCACUAAAGUUGGUAUAACUAGAGAAGCAAGGGGCUAGCAACAUUCAUCUCUCGAUGGGGUGUCUAACUCAGUGUAACGGUGUGUUGAGUUGACCCUAACUUAAUUUUACACCAGAAUAUCCCUUUAAGUCUAAAACAACCCAUUACAAUCUAGGGGGCGUUAACAUUGCAUGAGAGGAGCCAAACUGAUGAGGCUGAAAUUAUUAUUAUUAUUAUUAUUAUUGUUGUUGUUGUUGUUGUUGUAUCAGACCUUUCAAAAUGCCAACUAGCUUAGUCCAACAAAAUGCAACAGCUAAAUAAUAAUACAAGCUAUUUAAGGGCUUUUAAAGUAGAGACUCUGAGGUAGCCUAAUAUUAGCAACAUUUUAUGAAACAGUCAUGAUUUACAGAUGAGUUCAAUAAUGCAAAAAUAUAUACAUAUAUUUUUAAAAGAUCAUUUCAAAUGUCAGUAUUAACUUGGAUUUUUACGGUCAGUGGCAUGCUAUUUGAUUUAAAGUGUGGUAAAGGGAGGCUAACUUUGUUACUCAUUUUAACCAAGAAAAUAUUUAAUACCGGCAAAUAAUUUACAAUAAAACAUCAAUUGAACGUCUUACACCCCUUUUAGACAAAGAACUUAUUUAAUCUCGGACUGAAAUGUGUACCUAUUGUCCUAAAGUAUAUGAAAUAAGUCCUAAUGGUGUGAACUAACUAACCACUGGAGCCAUAAAUCAAACUCCAGAGUCCCUUAUCGCCAGUUGAAAGUGUCACUGGUGUGGCUGUACAGUUAAUGAGCAGUCAUUAGUUUAUUUUGAGACUCCGUGUGAAGAAAAUAGCCUGAGUGUAAUCUCUUGGCAGACACAGUGUAAACAGCCCACACUGGGCUAUAGGUAAGCUCAACCCACCUCACUCACACACUUGAGAGGAGGUCACCGCUCCGUCAACACUACCUUCCGUCUGAGCUUCAUCGCUCUGAGCCCGACGGGAGUUUAAUUUCUGAACCUUUUUUGUUUUCUUAAACUGUUUGUUCAUUCAUGACUAAGAAAAGUUCACAGGAUCAUUGAUGGAUGCAUGUAUUUUUAAACAUGACUGAAAUUUAUAUAAAAAGCAGCACUUAACAAUUAUUUUAUAUAUUGUGUUAAUAAUAAGAUGCUAUCCAGUACUUGUAUUUGAUCUGACAUGCUGUCAUUAAAAGAAUAUUCCGGCAUAAAAUUAAAUUAGGGUCCAACACAACGUAACACUGAGUUAGACUCCCUGUCGAGAGAUGAAUGUUGUCUAACGCUUGCUUCUCUAGUUAUACCAACUUUAGUGGCGACCACAGAUAGCAAUACAGAGAGCCACGCUCUCAACCAAAACACGACUCUGUAGCCACACAUAAUGCUCAGAACAGCACCUAACUACUUCAACAGUACAUAUAGGGUCCCAGCCAUAGCACUAGCUACCAAACAUCUUUUUAGCGUUGCCAAAUUUGUUUAGCAAAGAGACUAAACACAACUCACCUCCUCUCUUCCAGCAGCCGCUUGUUUGUACCGAGACCUUCGGGCGAGUCCAUCUAAUGCAGCGGGGUGACGCAGGAAGAACAUUUAUGAUCAUUACUUUAUCUUUUCCUUGAAGUUAUAAUCACCAUAUUAAUCAUUUUGCACUGCAGACGUCAUAGUUCUUCUGCCUAAGCGGUUCGGUCUGAAUGCAUUUCCAUGAAGAAAUGAUCAUAAAUGUUCUUCCUUGAGCUGCGUCCCCCCUGCUACAGUCGUACAGACUGCUAUUGUGCAGUUGUCACUAAAGUUGGUAUAACUAGAGAAGCAAGGGGCUAGCAACAUUCAUCUCUCGAUGGGGUGUCUAACUCAGUGUAACGGUGUGUUGAGUUGACCCUAACUUAAUUUUACACCAGAAUAUCCCUUUAAGUCUAAAACAACCCAUUACAAUCUAGGGGGCGUUAACAUUGCAUGAGAGGAGCCAAACUGAUGAGGCUGAAAUUAUUAUUAUUAUUAUUAUUAUUGUUGUUGUUGUUGUUGUUGUAUCAGACCUUUCAAAAUGCCAACUAGCUUAGUCCAACAAAAUGCAACAGCUAAAUAAUAAUACAAGCUAUUUAAGGGCUUUUAAAGUAGAGACUCUGAGGUAGCCUAAUAUUAGCAACAUUUUAUGAAACAGUCAUGAUUUACAGAUGAGUUCAAUAAUGCAAAAAUAUAUACAUAUAUUUUUAAAAGAUCAUUUCAAAUGUCAGUAUUAACUUGGAUUUUUACGGUCAGUGGCAUGCUAUUUGAUUUAAAGUGUGGUAAAGGGAGGCUAACUUUGUUACUCAUUUUAACCAAGAAAAUAUUUAAUACCGGCAAAUAAUUUACAAUAAAACAUCAAUUGAACGUCUUACACCCCUUUUAGACAAAGAACUUAUUUAAUCUCGGACUGAAAUGUGUACCUAUUGUCCUAAAGUAUAUGAAAUAAGUCCUAAUGGUGUGAACUAACUAACCACUGGAGCCAUAAAUCAAACUCCAGAGUCCCUUAUCGCCAGUUGAAAGUGUCACUGGUGUGGCUGUACAGUUAAUGAGCAGUCAUUAGUUUAUUUUGAGACUCCGUGUGAAGAAAAUAGCCUGAGUGUAAUCUCUUGGCAGACACAGUGUAAACAGCCCACACUGGGCUAUAGGUAAGCUCAACCCACCUCACUCACACACUUGAGAGGAGGUCACCGCUCCGUCAACACUACCUUCCGUCUGAGCUUCAUCGCUCUGAGCCCGACGGGAGUUUAAUUUCUGAACCUUUUUUGUUUUCUUAAACUGAGGAGUUAUAAAGAUAUGUGAACGGGAAAUGCAGAAAAUACAGGAAGACUUUCGUGGAGCUAGUGGGCGACAACACGGUGGAGAAGGUCGCGACAGUUGGUGGUGAGCUUCAGGUAGGAACGAGGAGCCGUUCAACGAACAGACAAGGGGGCUCAGAGGACUUCCGGUCAAACUUUCAAAUUAAAAGCGAAAGUGGUAAAUACUUAGCGUGAAGUUGACUGACAGACACAGGUAUUAGCUUUUUCUUAUCCGUGGGUACUGAUUUGUUCUGAUUUACAGCUGUUAUCAAGCCUAUUCAAACAGACCCUCAUAAAUGCAGAGAAGAUUGUAAAAUAUUUACUUCUAUUAUGAAGUGGUGUUACGUUGUCUGUACCAGUCUAUAAAUCACUCAAAAUUAUCUGUAUAUUGCCUCUUUGGAGACUACAGGUCUAUUAUUUACGAUAAAAGUCAAUUAUUUCCAGCUUUAUUUCCGUUUGGGAUCUGAACCUUUAUUUAUUAUAAGGUUGUCUUAUUUAAAAAAAAAUCCAAAUUCACAGGUCUGCGUUUCAGGAACAAAAUGUAUAAACAGCCAUAAUGUAGAAAGACAGUUAUAAGACAUGACUGCAGUUUAUUGUGGUGUUUAGUUGUCUCUACCAGUAUAUAAAUCACUUUAAAUAAUCAUUACAUUGUCCCUUUGGAGACUACAGGUCUAUUAUUUCCAGCUUUAUUUACAUUUGAACCUUUACUUGUUAUAAGGCUGUCUUUUUAAAAAAAAAUCCAGGAACAAAAUGUAUUAAUGGCCAUAAUGUAGAAAGUUUGUUUUGAGUUAAGAAUGUAAACCACAUGAUGUUUUAACUCUCAGACAGUUAUAAGACAUGACUGCAGUUAAUUGAAACUCAUUUUGCCUUGGACUAAAGUAUUGAAACAAAACAGCAAAAAGCAAAAUUUGGACAAAGAGCUCAUUAUAAAGUGUUGUUGACAUGUAAACUAAUUUCAUUUUAAAUCAUCCCCAAUCUAAAAGCAUGAAAUCCCUCUCAGAGCUUAUUUCACACUUAACAGUGAAAUAAAUAGUCUUUGAGAAGAGAAACAUUCAGAGCCUUGUCUUUUUUUUUCCCUUAAACACACGUUCCUUUCAUCAAAGUCUGUUUGGAGAUGCUUGCACAAUGGGAAGGUUAUUUCAGGAGGUCUCAAGCAGUGCAGAGAGCAGAGUCCAAAGGCUGUGCUUCUGUUGGAGGUUCAUACACCGUCUGUGUAAAGAUAAUGCAAUAAUAACAGGGCAAAAAACCCCAGCAACCUGUAAAUCAAAGGGAACGUCCUAAUACUGGAAAACGUUCUGGUAUUAUUUGAGUACAACUCUGCGUUCAUUUUGGAUUUCUUCAUUUUGCCAAGCACACACUUGUUUCUUUGAGCUCGAACCCACUCACAAAUAAGAAGGCUCCCUUGUGUGCUACUCCUAAAACCGCAGACAACUUUAAUUUUCUCAAAACCACCCUCAACUUUUACAGAUGAAUUAAACUCUUACUCCUACACACCCACUGUACACAAAGCAGACCAUGUUGCUGGAAGCAGUGAGCCUGCUGUCUUGCUUUGAAUUCUCCUGAAGGUGCGUGGGCUUGGAAAUCCUGAACACAAAAUGCUUACAUGACCAAAAAAAGUUUGUUAUUAAUAACUCUUUCUUAUGCAGAUUUACUUGCAGCUGCAGCACUUGAGCAUCUGAAAAAGCCAUAUGCUGCAGUUUACCUUUUAUGAAGAGUCUGUUGUCGUGAGUGUGGGUGAGCAUUUGCAACAGGAAAUUUGAGGCUUUGAUGUCUUCCUUACAACUGAUAAAAUUGACAGAUAGCCUCAGAAAUGAACUUGACUCUGAGUUAUGAAAGUGAAAUUUAAAGGCAUACACAUGCACUGAUGAAAAUAGUCGCACAGGACUUGGAAACGAAGAGGGCUGUGAUAUCUCAGCAACAAUCUCAGUGGCUAACAGCAACCUUAACAAGAUUAGAGUUUAUUGGAUUGGUGGGUGUCUUGUGACAGCACAAAAUGUUUGUCUCCUGAGACAUUGAGGACAUGAAGGAGGAGGAGAGGCACGUAACAAGUCAGAACAGAGCAGGAAUACAAGGCAGAGGUUUAAAAGGCCAUGAAGAAGUUAAUUUAGAGUAAUCACAUAAACGUACUGCCCCAGCAUUAACACUGUGUGGUUCAACUGGUUAUUUUGGACGACAGCGCUGCCAUUGUAUGACCUUAUAACUCCAUUAAUUCACAGUUCCUUGGAAAGUUAGGCUCAAGAAUAAGACUAAUAUAAAACAUGUUAGAGUUGUGUGCUUUGACUGUUUUGAGGAGAUCAUAUAUAAUCAAGCAUCAGUCCAUAUUUUGGACCUUACAUCAGCUGUAGAUCCUUCAUGUCUUCUGACAAGGGUCAGCCUGUUGACUUGUGUCUCUAUCACUUAAGUGCAUCCUUUAUACAAAUGCUCUCCUGUUUCUAUUGAUGCUUUACAAAGCUCCUUUAGUGUCAUUUUCUCAAAUUAAAUUUGCACAGUUGCAUUUUAUGUUUUUGCAUAAUUUCAUUAUCGUUGUUAGUUCUGUUUUACUGUUGUUAUUGGGAUACUUAAAGCAGCACUUUGUGACCCCAAAACAUGGUUUUCUUUCUGGCUUACUUGCUUAUAGUGUUAAAGUCUCCAUGGCAGAGAAAAGAAGUGCUUCUUUUUACUGUGUUACCUUAGAAAACUGCCCCAAGGCUGCCUAAGCUCAAAGAGCCCUGUAUGACUCCAAGUUCACUAUCUGGUGACUGGCUUGUGGUAAUUUAUCUGACACACUUUUCACAAAAAAAGACUUAUUUAAUGGUUAUUUUAUGAGGAAAAGGGACAGUUCAAGUUUACUCCAGAUUUUGUUCCAUGACUGUCUAUUAUGAGUUUGGGUUGGUAAAUUCUCUUUGCUCAACCUAACCAAAGAAUAUCUACCUAAAAUUAUCUAUUUAUUUUUUCUGCUGGCUGCUUUCUUACUGAAAAGCUUUCGCAGGGUAGACUAUUAAAAGCUCUCAACUUUUAGUAUUAAAACGGAUACUCCACCAUAAAAUUAAUUUUGGGUCAAACACACUUUAACACAGAGUUAGAGACCCCCCCGAGAGAGGAAUAUUGCCGACCGCUUGCUUCUCUAGUUAUACUAACUUUAGUAACCACCGCAGGAUAGCAAUACACAGCGGUCUGAGGAGCCAUACAUACAUCAGCUGUACAUACAGGGUCCCAGUCACAGCACUAGCCACCAAACAUCUUUCUAACUUUGCCUAAUUUCUUUAGCAAAGAGACUAAACACAACUCACCUACUCACUUCCAGCAGCCGCUUGUUUGUAGCGAGACCUCAGGCUAGUCCAUUCCGCAGUAGUUCUUCUGCCUAAGCAUCUCGGUCUAAUUGCAUUUCCAUGAAGAAAUGAUCAUAAAUGUUCUUCCUUGAGCUCAGUCACCCCGCAGUAGUCCAUAAUGGACUGGCCUGAGGUUUCGCUACAAACAAGAGGCUGCUGGAAGUGAGUAGGUGAGUCGUGUUUAGUCUCUUUGCUAAAGAAAUCAGGCAAAGUCAAAAAGAUGUUUGGUGGCUAGUGCUAUGGCUAGGACCCUAUAUGUACUGCUGAUGAAGUUAGGUGCUGUUCUGAGCAUUAUUUGUGGCUAUAGAGUGGCGUUUUGGUUGAGGUUUGUUUAAGACUCCUCAGACUGCUGUAGUGCUAUCCUGCGGUCGUUGCUAAACUUGGUAUAACUAGAGAAGCAAGCGGUCGGCAACAUUCAUCUCUCAAGCCGGUGUCUAACUCGGUGUUACUGUGUGUUUGACCCUAACUUAAUUUUACACCGGAAUAUUCCUUUAAGUACCACAAAUCAGACAUUCACAAACAUUUGGUGAAAAGAGAACCAAAGAGCCAUCCAAAGUUGUGUCCCGUUAGACUAAGUGGAGACAGUGAGGUGUCAGAAAUUCUCAGCUGUCAGUGAAAGGGUCAUAAAUAGUUUACUCCUCCAUCUGAACUAAAAAUAAGGUGACAAACUCUCCUUGGUCUCAUGCAAGCUUGGAAAAUAGUAUGAAAUUCUACCAUUAGCUAAAUGGAGAGAGUUUAAACCAAAGGAAAUAAAUGAAAACACCAAAGUUUGAUUUUUUUUUAAAAAGUGCUGUAUUACUGGAAAAAAUAACUGACUUCAUCCUUCUGCAGUGUGUGUUAUUCAAGGUUAAUGCUUUGCACUGAGAAAACUUUCAACACCCACAUGGGGUGAAGAAAGUUUCUUGAUGCAGGCCACAGCUGCCACUCAAUUUCUGAUUUAUCACAGUUAAACAAAGGGAACUAUUUUUCACAAACAAAUUUAUCUUAUUUUUAUCAACCAAGACUUCUUUGUCAAUAACUCUGAGAAAAUGGAUAAACCAAAGCAAGUACUCCAACUCAAGAGUUUCCCAAAGACUAGCUGUGUAAAGCUACAAACACCUUCUUUGACUAUUGUUUGUAAGUGAACAGCACUACAAGGCUCCUUUUAGCCUCAAGGCCUUCAUCUGGAAUCAGAUCCCCCUCCUGAUUCAUAUAACCUCAGGCUUAAGGUGAAUAAACCACAAAAACCCUCCCCUUAUCUGUAACAGCAGGCCCUUCACCUCCUAUUCAACCCUCUGUGAUCACAGAUAACCAGUCAGAUGUAAAACCUCUUCAACCAGGAAGCCUCUGUUGUUUGAACAGGUCAGUAGCUGACGUGACGCCUCUGGCCAAUUAGAGAUAAUGGAAACUGCAUGCAGGAGCCUAUUUCCAUCAGCACCUGUAAUUACACGUCAGCAGGUGGUAACGACUUCCUCUCUCCCAGAGGAAGAUAUGGAACAGGGCAGCUAGGUGUUUGUGUCCAUGUGAGACAGAAAGUGGCAGAUGAUGAGCAGAUGAGAGGAAGAAGCACAACAGAUCCUUGGAGCUGUUCUCACUUAUCUUGUUUUAUGACAUGAAAAACUGUCAAACAUUUACAGGAUAACAACAGAUCGUUUCAGUUCUUUUUUUAUUUAACAGCAGAUCAGCCAGUAGCACCUGGUUUGUUCACAUCAGGGGCUGAACUGGAGCUGCCAGGGGUUACCUAAAGACUAUAGUGAUGCUAACAUUGGUACAUGUUCAACUAUGAGCAAGCUUUUAGGCUAGUUAUGAGAGGCUGCAUGAGAUAAAUUAUUGUUACCAAGAGUGCAUGGAGAAACAACUAGCUGGCAAAAAAUCUAUAUAGUUGGCAUCAUUAUAGUCGUGGAUAAAAAGCUAAAAUAACAAAAGAGAGAACAGCUUUGUUCUAAAGUAUAUUGUGAAACAUGGUGCUCCAUAAACUUUGGCAAAGCUGAAAGUAACAGAGAAACAGGGUUCACCAGAUGUUACAUAGCUACUUUAAACCAACAUAUGCAAAGAAACAACAAUUCAAAUAGCAGCCACAAAUUAAUCAAUUAAUCUUCUAAAUACAAACAGUAAAGCACACUGGAUGAUUAUCCCGCCUGACUUUGAGAGUCAAAAUUCAGUCUUGCCAUCUUGCGUGUAGGUCAUUUUAAUUGAGGUCUAACUGUAAAUGGAGAUAGCAAGAUGUUUUACUAAACCACACAAAGACAUUUGCAGCCAUAGAUUUCAAACUGUAGGAAUCAUAACCUUAAAAGCCUUUAAAUAGCCUGAGCCACAUCAUCCACAACACUAAACACAAACUGUGAUUUGACUUAUACAUGAAUGAUUCCUUACAUAAGUCUAUCAUGCCGUGCUCUCAUUGUUUAAACAAGUUAAAAACUGAAAAGUCUUUAUUUUGGGGGGUUUAUGACCCUAUCUUUAGUUUCCACUGAAGUAAAAUGUAAAGGAAAUUUGGAGCUGAAAAGUUUCAAAGAGUUGAAGUGUAUAAAAAUAAAUGUUUGAGUCAGCGUGCAGCAGUGCAUCAGGCCGGCCAUCUGCAUGACCUCUGAGGUACUGUAUUUCUUUGCAGACAUCUGGCUGGGAUCAGACACUGACCCCAUUUACACAAGCACAAGUACAUUUUGCUGAGUCGAACAUUUUAAUGUAGUGUAAACGAGCAGAAACAGACUUUGAAUGUUGCAUCACCACUCUGCUGAUUUUGGAGACAGAGUCCACUUGUUUGCCCGUAAACUUUUUAAGAGGUACACUGUGUUUGGAGCCAAGCUUGGACACAAAAACAAACAUGGCUUUUUUUUUGUGUGUACAUAAAGGUCCAGCAGAGAGGUGCCUGCUGUUAACACACGGUUCUGUGUUUGUGUGUUUAGGGCCAGGAGCAUGACUGAGCAGCAGGAGCCGAGCGAAGAAACAGGCCUGAUCUCAACGCAGGACCUGGAACCGUCCAAGGAGGACGACACACAUGGCCAAUUCAGGCAUGUCGCACUCUCUCUCUCUCUCUCUCUCUCUCUCUCUCUCUCUCUCUCUCUCUCUCUCUCUCUCUCUCUCUCUCUCUCUCACAAACACACACGCACAGACACACUGUUCCCUAGCACUUGCUCUCUUUCCAUGCUCUUUUUUCCUCCACGCACCAUCUGUAUCCUGUGCACGGUCAUGGGUUACAGCCCCAGGAGAUUUACUUUGUGCAGCCCUCAUUUUGUGCUUUUAUUUCAGCCACUUUUCAUGUCAGACAAUGGUCAAACACAUGCACACACUCAUGCACACAGAGACUGAGAAUCUGAGAUUUACAAAAAGACUUUACCCCCACAGGGAAAGGGAAGAGAUGUAUGCGUUUGAAAUAUCAACUCAACUUUUACCAGUAAAGUGUUUGAUCCUGGUCUAUGUGUAUUGUGCGCACAGUGUCUUUUUGUGUGCGCGUGGCCACAUUGUGUGCAUUUGUGUGUUAUAUAAGUAGGAUUCAAGGCAGGAGCAGCGUAAUCCUGGGGAAUCUGUUCUGAGAUGGGAUUUAGCUCAGAGCCCGGGUGAAUGGGAGGGACUAAAACACUUCAUGCAUAUGUCACUCUUGAACUUGCAGCACUCAGAAAGCUGCGUGUUUAUCUUCUGUCCCCACACCCUACCCCCCCCACCCAACAACAAACAAACAUGAUAAAGAAUUUAAAAACAUUUGUAUGUCAAAAUCCAACUCCUCCUUCCAACCACCAGAAAAACAUACAAAUUGUAUGUUUUGAGGGAAAGGAAGUUUAAACUGUCCCCUGGUGUGACAAUUUCAAUUGCAUUCAACUUAGUCCACUUUGUGCAGUUUCUGGGUGACUGUGCAGCUCUUUCAAGUACCAUCUGUUUUCACCGGUUGGAGUUUGCAGUCCUGCGAGCUCCCGCAUUGUUAGUUUAGCUCAGCCAACAGGGACUUUGUUGUGAAGUACAGAUCCUCCACCGAUCCCCUGAGACUCCUGCGAUCCACCUGUACUGGUCUAAUAUUCUAAAUUGAAGUAUCUUUUAAAUCAAGCUGGCUCUCCAAACAUGAUUUGUUUACUUAAGAGUACAACUUUCUGUAAAUGUAUGAUUAUGAUUCAGUGAGGGAGAGGAACUUAAAUGGAGGCACUGCUAGACUGGUCCAGGAUAUCCAGCAUGCUCUGCAUAUCCAUGAAGCAGCUGUUUGUGCCAUUUCAGCUGCACCGUAAAACAAUGAAUUACAACUGUCUGCAUUUCAUUCUGGUGUAUCAGCUGAACAGAUACCCAACCUUGAAUAAGACAGAAAGUAAAUUAAAACCUAUGUAAGAAUUAAAUUAAAGAAUUAGUGGCUUUAAUCUUUGAUAGGAUUGUAAAUUACUAGUGAGGAUCGUGACUACAGCAGUGACUGUUUAAGUCCAUAACCAACCUCCUAAAAGUGGCCCCCCCAUCCCCAGUCCCAGUCUCCAAUGUCUCUUACCUGUUUCUACCUUUGUCCACUGUACUGUCUCUAUAUAAAGGUAUGAAAAAGUCCCCUAAACUCUGAAAAUGAAGAGUCUUAUUGUGGUGAAAUGUCUUAAGAUCCUAUUAGGAGUCAGCCAUGUUUUUGAAGUUUUUGUCAGAUGACACUACUUAAGCAUUUGAAGGACAGAAUAAGCAAAGACAAAGGAGCUCUUAUUCUUCUUCUGAUGAAAUCCCUGAAAUUCAUACUUUGAUUUGAAACUGAAGAAAUAGUUUGAAACCUCUCUCCCUCUCUCAUCAGUCCCUGCCAUCUCAAGUCUUGCAGUGAGUCCAUCUACUUCUCUCACUGCUUUCAGUCCCAAUUUCUUCUCCUGCAGCUAAAUUAUUGAGUGGGACUCCACUGCCACACCGGCCCACCGAUGGGAGGUGUUCGCUUUCUAAUUUAGGAUUCAAUUUAGGAUUCUUUGAGCUCGUAAUUAGUUUCACUAUUCAGCCUCACAGCCAAGGGCACUGAGAUACUCUGACGGAGGUGCAUUCGUCACACACACACACACACACACACACACAUGCACACGCUCUCACAGAAAGAAACAUUUUGCUUUGCUGACGGAGGUAAAAGCUGAUCUUAGAUCUGAUGAGGACUUUUGGGGUAAAACCGCCUCAUUAGACCUCGUGCAGGAAUCAAUUAGGUUUUAUGUUAUCCAUAGUCUAUUAAGCCUCCUUGGAUCUGGAAAACAGGCUAAUUUGGCUGUUUGAAAACAUAACCAGGUCUGCCUCAGCGACUGACUUUAAGGUUUCCGGAGAGCUAUGAUUCCUCCCAAGCCUGUGAAUUAAUCGAAAAUCCUCUAAAAAGUGUCCAAGCUAAACCUCAAGUGUCCCUUUCCUGUGCUAUCUUUGAAAACUGUCCAUCAUCUUCAAAUGCCGUCCCACAUGACCUUGUUUACACCCUUUAUGAAAGAUGUUUUACCCUGCUCACCGUGUUGUGAGCCGGGAACGAGAACCACCUCUAGCAGUUUUCCUCUUCCACCCACCUGGAUGUAGCAGCAGUAUUGAUUAAGACCUGGAUCUCGUGUAAAAGACAGAGACAGAUGGAGAGCGAGAGCGAGGAGCAUGGAGCUGGUUAGUCCCCACAGAGAUGUCUGUGUUUUUAAUAAUCACUCUCUUCUCUCCACCUGGGAGUGCAGAGCCGCUGUGGAGGAUAUUUAUAGUCAGCCACCAGCAGGCAGAGCAGCACACAUGCACUAUUGUUCAUAACAUGGUCACAAGAUAAUGGGAUGGCUUUUCUGUAGAAGGGCAAUUUUAAUGAGGAACACCAUGAAUUUGCUCAUGUAGGACAAGCUAUAAUCAAUUAUUAAGUAAUGGGAUUGGCCGGACCUGAUUUCUGCUGUAAUUAAGUUUGAUUAUGGAUCACUGUGAAGAUAUGCAGUAAAUACAUUGAGAUUAGGACUAAAAACCAAGAAUAUAUUUGAAUAGGGCCUGAGUAGUUUUUCAACCAGGCUCAUCUGUAGACUUAUGUACAUAUGCAUUAGCUUUUUGUGUAUCAGCAGGACUUUCACUGAGGAGUAAUUGUAGUGCUAUAUAUAAAUGUGCACAUGUUCAGCUCUUUUUUCAACUCAGUCCAAACCACUCCACUUCAUUUAUAAUCUGCAGGACCAUUUUGAAUGGGUCCAAUAGCCCACUUCAGCGUAGAUGAUACAGAGUUAAACGUCCAAUGAAGGCUCUAUAAAUGAAAAUAGAAGACCAACCACCUUUUGUUAUAUCUCCCCAACUCUGCAGCAGCAGUUGGCUGUCUAACAUGAGUCUGGUCCUGCUCGAGGUUUCUGCCUGUUAAAGGGAAGUUUUUCCUUGACACUGUCACUCAUGUUAGAUGAGAUGGGUCAAAUCUGUCCCAUCUUAAGGUUGGGUCUUGGUAAUUUAUCAAACAAUGAGCGUGGUCUAGACCUGCUCUUUUUUAGAUAGCGUCUUAGGAUAACCACUGUUAUGAUUUGGCGCAAUACAAAAAAAAUUGGAUUUGAUUUGAUCUUUUUUAUACAGAAUACAAUGAUGAGUGCGAUGGGGAUCUCUGUUUAUAAAUCUAAGAGCAGAGUGAACAACUGAGUCCAGAGAUUUCUCUCAAGGUUUGCCAAAGGGGCAAUGAGUGAAAAUUUAAGGCCCUAUACCAUUGUAUGGGAGUUAAAAUUAAACUUAAAGCAACAUUUUUUAGGUUCUGGAUGAGUGCUGGAUGGAUUUAUUCUUAUUGCUGUCUAAUAAGGUAUUGCAUUUUUUGAAAAGGAGAGAUUUGUCUCUUUAAGUGUCUGAAUGAUCACCAGCAUGAUCCUGCAGGAGAUCUGGCAGUGCUGUCACAGCUGCUAUGCUGUAAGCAACAGCCGCAUUGAGCUCUCAUGCACACACACUCUCACACACACAGCAGGCAGCGAUAACAUCUGUCAGCCCCUAUGCUCUCUGACAUUUGAACUCUGUCUGGAUCAUUUGGUCUUUUUCCAGCCUGAGUUUUGAUCUCUCACUCUCACUCUGAAUUAAACGGGGGAGAUACUAGAGUGACAAAGGAUUUCCAUAAAGAUAUUUCAUUUACAGAUACUCAUUUUUGCAACUUGUACUUCUUAUUCUCUAAAUUUAUGAGGAUGGUGUUUCAUCUUUUACUCUAUUAAAUUUAUGGGAUUGCUGGGCAGAGCUGGCCCGAGCCUCAAUGGGGCCCUAAGCAAAAUUUGAUUUUGGGGCCCUCGAUUUCUGCCAAUAAUAUUGAUUGUUGAUCAUUUACACACCUUCACAAAUUUCUUUAAUUAACAUUCCAUGACAGGCAAACAUACCUUUAUCAUGGCGUUUUUCUCUUCUUCCUCUUUUCUCUGCACUUUGGAAGCUCAGUGCUCAUUGCACAGCAGGAGGCACAUAACGGUAGUGGAGCUUUGACAUAUCGGCAGUAAGAAUUAUAGGCCUACAUCAGCAGCAGCACUAAAUUGCUUUUACUUUAUUUUAUUUUAUUUUUAGAAUAAUAUAUAUUUGAUCAUACAAAGAGCGUCACUCAUACAUGCAAAAAAAAAAUAAUAUAUAUAUAUAUAUAUAUAUAUAUAAUUGUAUAUAAUUGUAUAUAUUUUAAUUUUAAUUUUUUUUAUUGCUCUUGGGGGCCCCCUAUUGGCCGCGGGGCCCUAAGUAGGCGCUGAGUUCGCUUAUGCUUUGGGCCGGCUCUGCUGCUGGGCAUGUUGGUAUUUUAUUAUCACAACUAAUACAAAAAAAAAAUGAAUUGAAAGGAAGUCUCUGCUGAAAUAUAGCACAGCCGGGGAACAUAUUGUUAUUAUUAUUAUUAUUAUUAGUAGUAGUAGUAGUAGUAGUAGUAGUAGUAGUAGUAGUAGUAAUAGUAUUAUUAUUCUCAAAAAAUUAUGAAUUAGUUAUGUUUUUGUACCAGUUUGUACAUUAUGUUUGUUGGAUUAUUAAAGACUUGUGCUAACAGCCGAUAAUGUUAUUGUUUUUUAAGCUAUCACUUCUGACCGUUACUUUCAUAGAUAUUAUGUAAGGUUUGUUUGAAAUGAAAUACAAUUAUUUAGUGAUAUCUGUAACUUUGGGAGCAAUGUGGGGGACAAAGAAGCCAAAACAGUUUCCUUUGAGGAAUAACAGAAGUGUAAAGAAGCUCAAAUAUACAGAUGUACACUAAACCUGGUGUAGAUUUUUUACUCUUGAUGCCGCAAUAGUAAAGGAUUCAGUCUUUGUGUUUCACAAAUGUAAGCCUUCUCCUAUUCAGCUUCAUUUUAUUCCUGCUGGAUUUGGUAAAACUAAAAAAAAGAACCUCACUUUACUUCCUUCAUUUGAUGCCUCUGUCUCUUUCACCCAGCAGGAAAUAAAAGACCUUCAUAAAAGUAGAUAACCCAUCAGAGUAAACAUGAAGAAGCAAUUGAGAUUUUCCCAGUUUGCGUUUUAUCAGAAUCUCCUUGAGCAGGAGUCCUUUCAUAUCAGCGCUGUGUGUAUCCAGCUCUGCUAGCUGUCAGUCACCUACAGUAGCUCUCAAGGAAAGAUACAGGAAGAAAGAGAAGCUGCACUCAUGUCCUCUUUGAAGCAGCUUAACUGGGACAGCAGUUUAUUUCCAUGACAUUUUCCUUAAAGGGCUGAUUAUGCUGUAUUUUAUCUGCUGGGUGGCUCUGUCUGCAUCAAAAGUAAAAGUGAGUAUCAUGCUGUGACAUCUGCUUCGUUGCUGUGACUAUACCUCCUGAGGCGAGCUCCAUAGUGAAGUUUGCGUGUGUGUGGGAGGGUGUGCGUUGGGGGGGGCGUCAAUGUAUUCUGACUAUAAAAGGAACAACAUGGACCAUCUCUUGGCAUGAUCACUAUUUGUGUUUGUACGACUCAAUAUUUGUCUUUGAUUAUGUUAUUUUUCAACAGCCUUCGUCUCGCUGCAGCGCUGUACACAAUAAUGAUUAACUCUUCGUGUGGAGCCUUUGAGCCAGAUGUGAAUUUCAUGCAAUGUAUACACAGCAUACAUACUGCACUCACGCACAUGAGCUUAACAGUGUUUGUCAUGAUGCCUUCAGGCCAGAGAGAGGAAUUAAUCAGCUUUCAAGUGUGCAUGAAUGGAUGUUCGCUGCAUAGUAUAGCAUCAACUAUAGCAAGACUUGUAGAUGCAGUAAUAUUUUGCUCACAGCUGAACUAGAGAAAGGUUAAACAACAGAUAAAGAUGAGUCAUAAGUGUAUUUUUGCUUUCUUGGCAGGUUUCAGCUGAUAGAGGACCUGUCCUAUGAAGAUGUGAAGAAAUGUUACCGCGGCUCGGUGAGUCUCUUUUUGAUCCUAAUCAUUACUGCGUCUGUGAUUAGAGCAAAUCCGACUCGUAGUAUCAACAUUUACACAUAUGAAUAUGCUCAAACAAUUCCCCAGUUACAAAUAAUGUUUAUUUUGUGAUCCGCAAUGGUAGAAAUGAUCAUAUUUAGCAGUAUCUCAGACUGCAACUCUCCCUUGCUCACCCCUCUUGAUGGCGAAGCAAUGGAUGCCUUCAAGGACAAGCAGCUCCCAUGAUGCAUGCUACAUAUGAUCCUCUAUUUCUUAAUUUUUUACCACUAAUUCUUUUGCACACAACCAAAACUUUUCUCUUGGCCACUCUGAAUACAUAAACCCAUAUGUCACUGAUUUGUUGGUCUGUACUGGUGUAGAAACAUGGUGCUGCAAGAUGACAUUCCCUCUUAAUUAGAGUUUUUGUCUUCAGCUGAGAAAAAUAUGAUCUUUUCACCAGAAAUGUUAUUAAUAAUAACAUAUUAAUGUUAUCAUCAUCCUAUCCUUAAAUUGAAAUGUCUUGAGUAGUUAAUUUGCUGCAAUCUUUGCUUGUACAGAAACAACAGCUUUAUCCUGUAGUGAUAGUAAUGCUGUGUUUGAGUGAAGUCAUGAGUGGAAACAUGUAAAACUAAUUUAACAACCAUCUGCGUUUCUGUAGUGUACUGUUAGUGCACUCCUGAGGACAAGAGCUGCUCCAGCAUGAGCUAAUAAUAGAAAGACGAAAACAGAAGAGGCAGACAACAGCAAACUGUGCUGAUACGGCUGGAAGAAGAUAAAUGAGAUACAAGACAGGACAGGAAAAUAGAGAAAGAUAGCGGUGUUGGCAGGGAUGAAGGAGCUGAGGUGUGUUUGAGCUGUUGAAAUACACGUUCAGGUUUGAAAAUUAAAGAUUUUCUCCAAAGUUUUAACGCUUAAGUCUAUCUGGAGGGAUAGAGGGAGAGAAACUGUCAGCUAGAGACAGAAAGAAGGAGUAAAGAAACACCUGUGUGUACGAGAGUGUGUUUCAGCUCAGAAUGAUGAAGGGCAGAGUGUGUGUAUGUGUGCAAAGUAGGGAGGAGGAGGAGGAGGAGGAGGAGGAGAGGGAGGGUGUUAGCUGAGCGCUGCAAAGUGGAGAGUCACUGGAGGUGUAUUUGAGGCAGAGAAAGAGAGCCUUGUAGUUUCUGAGAGAGAGCUCAGUGUCUGUAAACUGAGGCGAUGCUGCUGCUGUAACUCUGUGGUAGUGUGUGUGAGUGUGUGUGUAGGUGUGCGCUGUAGAGCCAGGUGUGUGUUUGUAGACUAGAGGUAGAGGUACUCCUUCUUUCACUGACUGCAGACAGGGGAACAGUGUGUGUCUUGCAGCAGCUUGCUCCAGGCCUUGGAUGUGCGCGAGUGUGUGUGUGUGUACGGUGCCAACGUGCUGAGCCUGGUGCAGAGCUCGCGUCCUCUGAGGGAGAGGGUGGUGUCUGCGGCGAGCGGAGCCGGGGUGGCCGCUGGUGGCGGCGGCGGUGGUGCCGGUGCCGUACAGACAGGCCGGUCCGCCAAGGAGCUGCUCAUGACUCUGCCCUGUCCCUCUGCACAGACUGUCAGCAAGUACAACUCGCAGUACCACAAACUGUUCCAGUGUGUGCCCAAGGAUGAGAUCCUCAUGAAAGGUACAGUGAUUUCAGCAUGGAGAAAACUUUCAGACUUUGUUUGUGCUGCAGAUGCUUUGUUUACAACUUUACUCAUUUAUUGACCAAUAUGCAUUUUAUAAGAAAUAAUAAUAAUCACCUGUUUCAUGGUACACCUUUCAAAAUAAGUUUGCAGUGCUUUCACAAAAACAAUCAAUGAUGAAACAUUAGUUCAGGUCUGUAUGUUUAAAUUGUCAGCUUUCGUAUCUGUGAACUGCAUCUUUAUAUCGCGAAGGUGAAUGCAGCUUCACUGUGCUCGUGUUGCAUCUUUUCUGUAAAAACUUGACCUCGUGCACCAAAAGUCUCACAGAGUAAAAGCUCAUAAACAGUGUCAUGUAAAACUGUCUUUUUUCAGCUCUUCUGAAACAUCUUUUCUGGCUCUGUGUCCGGCUUUGUUUCCUCCAUCUGGUUCAACUCAAAAACACUAAAACUUCUGCACAGUAUCAGCUGCACUGUUUGCACAGUUUCACCAGGUGCACUAUACAUUUUGUCCCAACAGCGUGACCCAUAAAAUAAGAGUGAUGAUGUGCAACUAAAAGAACCGUGCAAAGUUUUCUCAAUUCAAAAAAACAAAAGAACAAAAGGAAAGUCAGCAGGAAGAGUUAAGAAAAGAAAUGUUUGUUUCUUUGUUUUGUUUCAAGUGACAGAUAUUCUGUGUGUGUUUGUCUCCUCUGUUGUUAGUGUACUCCUGUGCUCUGCUCAGAGAUAUCCUUCUUCAAGGUCGACUCUACAUUUCCAGAAACUGGCUCUGUUUCUAUGCAAACCUUUUCGGCAAAGACAUCAAGGUACGAAUGCAGACAAACAGCUUUAUAAACUUAAAAUGACUUACAACGAGGAAACCGAGAAACUUUCUGUCACGUUGUGACAAGCUGGUUGGACGACUCGACAAAUUAUUUCCCUGUCUGUCAAGAUGAUGAAGUGACUUCAGAGUCCCAGCUUUUAUUCACUCACACACACACACACAGAAAAUGUCUUUAAUCACAUGUUUGCAUUGUGAAACUAUGUACCAAGAACAGGUGCUGAACCUUUAACCCUGAACAGUUAUGUGACUUUCUCUUUGAUGCUGUGCAUUGCUCCUUUUCCCUCAUUUCCCUGAAACCAAACCUCUCCUGAUAUCUGAGUGACAAUAAGCUACUUAUUCAGACUGCAUUCUUCACAUUCUGACUGAAAUGAGACACGUUUCACGUCCACUCUGGGUUUUAUCCAGGAGCUUUUCCUGAGUGUAAUUUAGUGUCUGUCCUCCUUCUACCAUUAGCCCAUCUUACCUUUAAUUUAGCCUUUGAAUUUCCCUUCCCUCUUCUCCUUCUAAAUGCUCUAUCUGUGCCUUUUCCUCCUCUGUAGGUGGCUAUCCCUGUCGUUUCUGUGAGGCUGGUGAAGAAGCACAAAACAGCGGGCCUCGUGCCCAAUGGCUUGGCUAUCACCACAGAGACUGGCCAGAAGGUAAACACUUCCCUCUUUGAGUUAAAAUACUUAUGCUGAUUAGCGCAGCGGGGUUGUAUUUUCCAGGGGAGGUGUGAUGGAAAAAACGACACCAUGCUAUAGAUAGCAGCAGAGUGGAGACCUGGGCUGGUGGAGCGAGAGAGUGAAGGGUUUUUCCACCAUUAAGGCAACAUUUAGAGGAGCUUAACUUUCUGACACAUCAGUCUGUCAUCAAGUGGCACUUUCAGAGGCAUAAUGGACUUAUAAGCUGCUGUACUGGCUCGUACAACACAUAAUAAUGAGCAGGUUAAUAGUAGCACGGGGUGACAAUUUGAAAUACUCGUCAGAAUUAUUAAAAGGUGUCUCGAUCGCUGAAUAUUACAUAACAAAAACAAAUAAAAGAAUGAAGGAAGAAACUAUUUUUGAAAGUAGAUUGUCAAGUGACAUCGUAAAAUUCAGGUUAGCAUUUAGGAAGUAAAUACAGUCGAAUUCAUGAGUUAUCAGACGAAAUUAGCCUCUCCUCUAUAGCUGCAGGUAGAUAUUAUGGACUCUAGCCAUCUGCGGGAAGAAAUGCACUUCCUUGCAUUUGACACUGGGGUUGUCACCUGAUGUUGUAUACACAUGCAUAAACAGAUAUGAGGCAUUACACUGCUGCUAUGGUGAAAGAAUACAAAAGUACAGAUAACUAUAUGUAUUUCAGAGGCUGAUGUGCUAAUAUUGCUGCUGAUUGAGAGAUAGGGAGCAAGAAAUUGGGUGGUAUCGUUUGUGCAGUCUGGUCAAACUGUCAAGUCUUAACACCAAAAGUUGACUUCCCCUCAUCUAACCAAAGACGACUAAAUCAACAGAUUGUUAGGAUGUCGGUGUCUGCUUGUGUUGCCAUGUGAAAUCUAUGAACUGACUAUAAUCAUAGCAGAACCAGCCAUUAGACUGAUAUUAUGAAGCUGCAGUAUAACUAUGGAUUGUGUACUCUAACAUCUUUAUACUAAAAAAAACAAAAUUCUGCAUUAAGUUAAAGGAACGAAAGAGUUAAUUUUGUCCUCAGACCUUCAUGCACUCUCCUCCUAAAAGAGGAGAAAUGCAAACUGAAAAGCUGAAUAUCUGCACAUUGUCAGUUUGAGGUCUGGAACAUGUGCACCUGAUAACAUCUCAGUGUCUUUCGUCACCUUCAAAUAGUCACAUGCUUCCAAUUUCUCUCCCUAUUGAAGCGUACGUGUUAAGUCAGCGGCUCAGAGCACAAGCCAGCUGGUGUAAAAUAACUAUUUACAUUCCAUCUGUCCAAAACGAUUUGUCUGAGUUUGUAAUAUUUCUGAUCUACACAAUCUAAUCCCCACCUUUGUCAGAGUUUACGAACAGCGUGUCUCUCCUGCAGCUCAAGGACAAAUAUCUCUCACCUUAUACAGAAUGUCUGUAAGAUUGUGUAAUAUGCAUUACGUAACUGUGCACACAUGCAUCUCUCUUAAACUAUACUUCUAAACAUGACACAGACAGGUUCUUCUGUUUAUGUGGUACAAAGUUUACAGCUGGAGUCUGUUACAGGAGAGCCAGAAACAGUUUGAUUUGUAAUUUCUCAGCUCUCUCACAAACUUGACCUUCAGGGGAGAUCAGCAGGACUGUCAGUGAGCCUGCUCGGACAAAAAUAACUGAUAAUAAAAACACAAAAUAACAAAGUGUAUCCAAAGCGCAUAGAUACUCUACUUCAGAUGCAGAUUAGAGGGGUUUGUGGUUAAGCUGUCAUCGACCUGUCAUCCAUAUUUCUUUCACCUGAGAUUGCACAGGAACAAAAAUGUUAUUAGAAGAGAAAUCCACUUUGUUUCACAGAUGAAAGCUUUUUUUCAUAUGAACUGGAAGCAUCAGUAAUAUAAAAUUAGUGAAAUAUUAAAAGUGCAUAUAGAUUUUUAAUAAGGUGACGAUGACGUAGGUUUACUUUUUAUUUUGAUGAAAAGAAUACGCUCACGGUUUUAAGAUAACUGCCUCUGUUUGUUUAUUUCAUCAGUAUGUAUUUGUGUCUCUGCUAUCGAGAGACAGUGUGUAUGACGUCCUCCGCAGGAUCUGCACACACCUACAGGUAAGAGGACACAAACUCAUGUAUGCUGUUCAAAAAGCAGUGUUUGUUCCUCAUGUCACUCGCUUUUCCCCUUCCAGGUCAAUGGGAAGAGUCUGAGCUUGAAGCAGUUCAUGGAGGAGCCGACUCUGUCGUUGGUGAGUAACUAACGCCUUUCAUAAAGCGCCAUAGAGGUGAAAGUGUAUGGUACUUAAACGUGUGAUGGUUCAGACGCUUGAAAAGGACUUUAAAGUUUACUCUGAUGACUCUCAUGAACAGCUGCCCCUGACCUGCAGGCUGACUUUCCUUCUUACACAGACAUGAUCAAUCGAUCACUCUGUUUGAGCUGCAGCCUGGCAGUGAAAUAAUCUGUGACUCUGCACGAUGUUAUCAAAGAGCUGUAUGAAGUCACCUUGUGUGGGUGUGUGUGCGUGUGCGCACCAUACGCUUGUCUGUCACUGAACAGCUUCUGUAUUCAGAACAGUUAAGCUCCAUCAACAUGCGCGGCCUUGAUCGCUCUUUAAUCUGGACUCAGAGUUGAAAAGGCUGUUGGUUCAUAGUGUCAUCACGCUCCUUGGAGGGCUUCAUAAAACUUUACUAACUUUAAAACCAGGAUGUAUAAAGACCCCCGAUUCUUGUGUAGUUGUUCAAACCAUAUAAAGACAUAAACCGAAAUAUCAAGGAUACUUGUUUACAUCUACACAUGCAUGUUCAUACUCUAACUUCCAUGAGGCUUAGUGGUUGGUUUGAGUAUUUAUAGGAGGAUACUGUUUCCUGAAAGGAUCUGACAAUGUCAUGCAAAGAUAUUUUCCAAUUGUUUUACCCACGACAAAUAAUUUUAAAGUGAUGGCAACUUUUUCUAUCAAUAAAGACUUAAACAGAAAAAACACUUUUUUAAUAGUUUGAUACAGACCAAGUCAAACUUGGUUUAUUAAUAACCUGUUCUCUGAUAACACACCUGCUAUGUUAAAGUAAGAUUGGUUAGUUGUUGAUUUAAAUGCUUUGAAACCUGAGAAUAAAAGAGGUAAUGAUCUUUUUCUCACCAUUUGCGACUGAGAAAUGUGGGCUUUAAAAGACCAUUAUUUGUACUUACACCCCCUAUUAAAAGUAAUGUAUUACUCAAUAUCUAGAUGAGAAAAAGUACAACUUUUUGUCAAAGUUUUGACAAAGCUGAGUUUAGCACAACAUUUUGUUUACCAUAAGAUGAAAAUAAUAGAAUUUGGCUUUGCUCCCAGAACCUUGAUUGGGGUGUACUCAAUUUUGCAUCCUAAAUUAAAAUUGAAAAAAUGUUUUUGUAUGCAACUCAAAAAGUCUUGUUUGCAAUCCAUGGCCUUCAUUUGGGGGAGUAUUUUGUUGUAAAGUCUGACAGAGAAAAUGUUGAUUUUGGAAGAAAACUAAAGGUUUUCUGACAACUCUGCAGGGGUGUACUCAUUUAUGCUGAGCGCUGUAUAUUUCUUUUUAUGAAAUAACAACACAAACAGAUUUAAGAUGUAAAGUUUGGAGAUCUGCCAGCUUGAAUGAUAAUUAACAUUUUUGGAGAGCCAUGGGAGACUUUCACUUUUUCAAACUUCAUCUUCUUUUCCUUAUAGCAGGAUAUGAUUUCUCUCGUCCAGAUUGUUCCACUUGCUGAACGUGAUCUGCUUUUAACUUAUGUUCAUACCAUCAUACUGUAGAGGAGUUUUCAAGGAUUACAAGCAAAAAACUGUUGAGCCUCCUGUUGUAGCAGAAGUUUUAUAAUGACUCAUAUCUCCAAAAGCUGUUGCCUCGUGUAGAAAAUAGAAACUCAAGGUCCUCCUUCUUCUUUUCCAUCUUGUGUUCAGAUAAAUUGAAAGAUAAUACACUGGCACCUGAAUUACUAUGAGUUAAAGUUGUAUUUCUGUAUUUUCAAUGUAUCCUCCUCUCCUCUCUGUGCCAUAGGAUGAGUUUCCAGCUGCAGACGAGUUCCCAGCGGUCGAUGAAUUCCCAUCAGUGUUGAAGUGGAGGAGGAAACCUUCGGUGGUGUCUGUGUCUUCCUCCCUUCCUGACCUCCUGGGGAACUCGACCAGCAGCCUGAGCCCCGCAGACGCGCCCUUCAAAUCAGAGCAGCUGCUGGAAGGUGAUAAAACUGUCUAAACAAUGAGCAAGAUGUGUUAUCGUGUGGAUGUAAAGUCCAGGGGCACACACUUUCAGUUUCAUGUCGGAAGUGAUUGGUGUGAAGGUGUGCAUUUUACUGCAAGCUGUUGGGAUGACUAUAAUGAGGAAUAUCAAAAUGAAUUGCAGGUGUGUUCAGGCCAUCCAAAAAGUUCUUUGCACACCUGUGGUUACCAUGUCUUUUCUCAUAUCUCAUAUCUCAUUCAGCUCAUUUAAAAGGAGAAUACUGUAUAAUCACAUUUAAAUCAUGUGAGUCAGAUAUCGUAUUGAUUAAUGGUUUUAAAUGAAAGUUCAACAAGACUCAGGGAAAAAUGUGAAAGUUUUUGCAUUUGUUAUUGUUCAUACUUUGAUUUUAUCAGUGGCGGCAUCCUGCAGGAGCUCAUAUAUUAUAUGUUCCGGUCAUAGCUCAGUAACAUUUUUCAUCUGUGCAGCAUGAUGAGAAUAUGCAGUAAAGUAAUUACAAAAUGAAAUUAGAUGAAUGACAGUCUGCAUCAUGAUCUUUAUGAUGCAGGAACGUCAUUCUGCUGUGUAAUGAUUUGAUAAUCAGGUUUUAUAGGUAGUAUUUGUUACAGUAGGUCAGUGAACGAAGGACAAAGUCUGCUCUAUGUCUUGUUACAGAGUAAAGGAUAACCGUUUGUUUCCUUCACAUUUGUACUGUGAGGCGAGAACAUAGAGUGAAGGAAUCUGGAUGCAUGAGUACGGGAGUGUUUGCAGGUUUUCAUUUCAUUAGAGUGAGAGAGAGAGAAGAACUGCUUUUGGACAUCAGCAUCUCUCUUAUGCAACGACACAUUAAGCUCCAAAUGGAGAUUAAAUCAUGUGGGGGCCUGUAUUAAAACGCUCGAAGCGGAUGCAGAUUAAGCAGAGAUUAUCACCAAACAAUGUCUGCUGUCAGAGCCGACUGAGGACACUUUUACAAAUAUAUACCGACAGGCUUUAGAUCUUUUAUAAACAUCAAUGUACAUUAAUGUUGUCCUCUGAAACAUGUUGGCUAUUUGAUCAGCAGGAGCGUUUGUGUACUUUAUCAUCACAGCUCACAGGCAGAGUGUCAGGCGGGGGUGUAAUGUAAUUAAAAAAUGUAUGCUGACUUAAUGUUAUAACCUGAGUCAACACCUGCAUGAAAGAGGCUUUAUAUAACACACACAUAACUACACACAAAAGCACUUCACACCUGCCACGUAGCUUAGAACGAUAAAGAAAGUGAAAGCUUAAAUGACUUGAACUUGGAUUUGGGCUGAUGUACUGGCUUCACUCGGACUUGGAGGAUUUAAAGGAGGAUUUGAACUGAUUUAUCGAUUAAAAAUGAUCUUGCUGUUUUACUCCAGUUCAACAUACAAGAGAUGAGACUCAGACUCGAGAUUUGGUGACUUGACUACUCUACCAUCAUGAAUUAUUUUUAAGGAAGACCCAUGAUACUCAUUUCAACCAUUCAUGAUGUUAGCCUGGGACACCCAUUGAUUAACUUUGCAUGAUUUGCAUCUCAAAAAAACUCCCUAUUUAUCUUACCCACUGAGCAGUUUUUGGUCUAAAAGAGGUCUAAUAGACGUCUAAAUGUAGCCUAGACAACUUGUCUAAAAUCAGGCUACCACAGGUCUAAAAAUGAACAUUUUUUAGAUGUCUAAAUUUAGACCAAGUUUGGACUAAAUCUAAAUCUGGGCUAUAUCUGUACUACACUGUAUAUUGCUCAAAGGCUAUCAUAAUUAUUUUGGUGAAGUACUUGGUGAUCGGUUGUGCAACUCACAGUUGCUUUAUGAAAUAAAUCAGUUCAAUUCAAUUCAAAGAACUUUAUUUUUCCGUCAGGAACUUCAUUUGUGCAAAGCAUCAGUGAGUGUACAGUUCACAGUUCAGCAACAUAACACAAUAUACCGCAUGCAUUCAGCAAGUACCAACAAUCAGCCAUUAAUUAACAGCACAAUCGAAGGGAAGAAAACUUACAGCACAAUAAAUAACAUGAUGAAUAAAUGAAUGAACAGGUAAUGGUAAGACAAUUGUUUAAAAAUAUAGAUAAUGAAUAAAUAAAUAUAAAGCAAUCCAUAGUCAGGUUGAAGAGUGGUGUAAACAUACAUGAAUCAGGCAUUCAUGAGCUAUGUACAUGCAUACAAAUUACAUGUGCACAUACAUACACAUAUACACACAUAAGUCAGACGUUCAUGAGCCAGAUGGAUGUGGGUACAAAGCUUGACAUGUCUCUCUUAGUCCUGAAUGCCAAUGAUCUGUAUCUGUGGCCUGAGGGUAGCAGACUGUAGUAGCUGUGCGGUGUGUGAGUGAUAUCUCAGGCUAUGUGUGUACCUGUUUUCAAUAAAUAGUUAUCAAAUUAUUUGAUUUGAUUUGAUUUGAUUUGAAUCAUGGGUUAAAGUGCAACGUCUAAAUUCCGUCUGAAAAUAUAUAGAAUCUAGUCUGUUAAAAUUAAGUUAAAAAAAAACUAGAUGUCUAAUAGCUGUCUAUUGCUCAGUGGGUCAUACUGGUGUACCUUAAAACCCCUAUUUCAGCCUCUGCACCUUUGGGUGAUUUUUCAGCAUUAUAAAGUUGCAGCUUGCAGGUGUUACUUUUUACACAGCUUAGUAGUCAUGAAACGGCAAAAUAAUAUCCCAGGCUAACUGAUGCUGGAUUAGCUGCUGUUAUAAUGUUACUUACAGCUUUUAGUCACAAGCAUUUAUAGAAGGUCUUUAAAGAUGGAACAGCCACAGGUUUCAGUAACACUUGAGAUGCAAAUCCAGCUGGUACUGGUCUCUGUUUACAAGGGAGUCAUCAGUGAAGUGGAGAGCACAGGCAGCUAUGUUGUUGUUGUUGUCCUGAAAAUGUAAAAUCCUCCCACUGUUUUCUCGUGGAAGAGAGAAAAUAACUGUGACUUUUCUUCAUUUCUACAUUUCUCAAACUCUUGUUUGGUUUAGUUUAGUUCAAGUUUUCUAAAUGUAAUAAUUGUCAUAGCUUGUCUGAUACUCGUCUUGUUUGUUGCAGGGAUUAUAAGUUUCACUUUGAUAGUCCUGCGACAGCAUGCACUUUGGAGUCUAAAUAAUGGAUCACACAAUUAGGUCAAAUCUAAUCAGAUAUAGAUUAUAUAUCACAAAAUUUUCUUUGUUUUGAAGUCUUAAAUGAUAUCAUGGUUGUAGUCGUCAGUCUCCUAUUGUUGUCAUUACAGCUAGACUAAACCACUGAUGGAGACACAACACUACAAAAGCUUAUUCUACGGAGCAGCACCACAGUCACUGGAUCUCUGAUUACAGCGAAAAUCCUCCACCUCAUGACCCAGGAGGCGUGAUGGGGUUAUAAUUUGGCCGAGCUGAGUACUCUUAAUGGCUUUUUGUUGAAGUGUGUGUUCACAUGCGUGUGUAUGUGUGUUUCAGAGCGAGCUCUGCAAACAGACAGAGGUCUUUUAUCAGAGCCGGUGACAGAGCUGGGCCAGAUGGAGUACCAGCUGCUCAAGUUCUUCACCCUGCUGUGAGUAUACAGAGGGACACACACACUCACACCAACAAUGCCACCUUCACCUCCGCCAACAGCUGACUCACGCCUCCACACACUGAGUGCACUAAUAUGGAGGUAUAAAUAGCAGCGAUUUAACAAGUCAGACUGAACACAGAGGAUCAGAGGUGUUAACACAUUUUAGUUUGUAUUUUUGCAGCAUGCUGGAGUUUAAAGAAACACUGAAAUGCAUCACGUAGAUAUUUGAUAGUCAUAAUUAUGCUGCCUUGACGUCACCUGCCUUCAAACAGAGCAGAGAAAAACAUUGACCAUGAAGACUGACCUUCAUGCAGAGAGUAUGAAGGCUCUAUCAUAUUGUCCCUGAGAGAAGGCAAUAAAUCCCUAUCUGCCUCUCAGGGCUGGUGGUGACCUCUGACCCUUGAGGAAAAGAGAUAAAACAAACGUCAGUUUUAUAGAUUUAAGAUAAAAUACAAAUCGGUUACAGACCAAUAAAGAUUUUAUUCAUGCUUUAGAUAGAAACUAUGACGCAUGUAAUAAAGCGAAACGAUGUUAUGAGGAACCUGUCAUGUUCAAUAAAAGAAAAAGUGAAAUGACAUGAAACAGGAGCCAACAAGUUUAACCGUCUUUAACAUAUGUACUGACAGGCAAAACUACAAUUUUACAGUCUGUGUUUAUAAAUUCAAAGAUGUAUGUCGAGGUAUGACUGUGCCUGGCUGAUAGUCAUAUUUCACAUUCUUAACAAACUCCAGGGAUUAACAGAAAAACAUGUUAUCAGGCUGUAAAUGUCAGCGUGUGUAUGAUGUAUCAGCAUAUGAAAAAAACUCUAUGUAACCAAGGGAGACAUUUAUUGUAAAGGAUCCAGAUCCAGCUUAGACCUCUUACUUGGACCCUUGAGUUUUAUGGAAAACAAGACAGUUUCUCCAAGUCAAACAAACUCACACAUAACUAUUUCUGCUGAGGGUAUAAAUUCAUGAAAUGAGCCUUUAAUGCUGUAUCAUGUCUGCGUUUCUAUUCAUCUUUUUUCUUUUUAAUCACAUCUCAAAUGACCUGCAAACUGUGGCUGCUUGAAUAUUAUGAAAAUAAACCAAUUUUUUUAACACCACAGCAUGUAUUUUAUUAUGAAUCUAUUCAGCAUCAGUAAUUUUGCAAUAAAAUGUGGAAAAUUAUUUUCAGUUCUUUUUUUUAAAAACCCCAAAAAACUGCUUUAGAGUUUUCAGACCGACGACAGUCAGGGGUAUUGAUUUGUUUAUAGAAAGACAAUAUUGCCUCCUAGUGUUCAUCUAAUGGCAUUACAGGUGUCUCAAACCAAAUCACAAGAGGAGUCAAAUGACUCCAGUCGCAAACAUCCUGAAUUCACACAUUUCAGAUGGAAAUAAUUGGUGUCUCUCUUCUUUUUCUCACUUCAGUAUCAUUCUUCUCAUCUUGUCAUCGUGCUAUCUGGCCUUUCGUGUGUGCAGUCUGGAGCAACAGCUGUCCUUCCUCAGUAACCCAAAUCUGCCCCUGAGAGAGAGGUAUCAGCUUAUCCUCCCUGUUUUUCUACAAGUAUCUUCUUAUUAUAGAGUAUAUUGUUUUUCACACACAUCUUGCUUAUACGUUUAGGUCUAGUUUAUGAUUUUACAAUUGUACUGACACAUUUAAGCAAAAAUGAAUCUUUUUUUAGUACAGGCAUUAGGGUUAUAAAAGGAGAUUAUUAGUAAAAAUAACAAAACAAAUGAAGAAAAUAAGCUCUCCAGUUGCUUGGUAACAUCCACCUUCCAUCUCGUGGUUAUGUGCUCUGCCAUGAAUGUAUCCUUGGAAAAGUGAAUAAAACAGGUGAUUUAUGCUGUUAAUUUUCAUGUCCCAUGUCCACCACUCUGGCUGCUUUCAUCUUUUCCAGGUAA